GAGUUUUUAUUAUUUUUCCAUCAGAUCGUAACUUGUAUACUCCUUUCUCUAAAACUUUAUGAACCACGAAAAGACCCUUCCACUUCGGAUGAAGUUUAUGGCUUUUUGAAUAUUGUUGAGAAGCCUUAUAUACAAAUACUUGCUCUUCCUUUUUAA